GUAACACGCGUACCUUCAAUCGCAGACUCCAGAUCUUGCUCACCAAUUAGCGCCACCCAGUCAACACGUGAAGACGUUGCUGAUCAGACAACCGAGGAAACGGUUACAAAGAAACGCAAACAGGGAUCUCUGGGUGAGCGCUCCCAUAAGGCAAUGAAAGUCUGUGAAGCUGUCUCUGCCGCUGCCAAUAUAUCAGACACUGAUUCUGAUAUCAUUCACAAAAUUCAUACAGUCACAAAUAAGGAGACAACAAAGUUAAACCAUGACAAGCAAGAUGCUGGAACUACUAGCACCUUAACGCAACAACAAUUAUCAAUUCCAUUUGAACGGUUAUCCCAGGAUACACUCACAACACGCGGCACAACCGAUAAAAUGUUACAAAAGCGUGUCACAGCCCUCGAAGAGACAGUUGCAGGUUAUGACAACCUAUUCACACAACUGCACACACUCCAGAUGAGUAACAAAAUGAAGACAAUAGAAUCAAAUCAGAAGCGCAAUAUAGCUGCUAUAGGUGAGCUCAAGAAAAAAGCAACCAUCUUCAAGAAGAGAGGUGUUUCUCAGUUGCUUAGCACUCACAUAAAUGAGCGAUUUGAAAAUUUUGGCAAAGAUCUCGAUACAGUUAAAAUUAAUAUUGAAGAAGCUGCUAAUGAUAUCGAUAGUAUAUACACUGAGUUCGAAGAAAUAACUGACGCGAUAAAUGUACGUCUUGACGCAAUCGAACACUCGCAAUCGAUAGACGAAGGGGUCCAAAUCAGCAUCCUCAAAGCACAAAUAGAGCAACUAGAGAAAGAUAAAGAAGAUAUUAAGAAAGAUAAGAAUUGGUUUAGGUUCCUCUUAUCAAAGGAAAUCCCAAUUAGCCUUGAUUGAGAUAGAAAUGACGUCAUCAACAAGGGUACUUUGCGACAAAGAGAAUGUAAUUAGCUGUAACUUGCAGUACUUUGAUAUCUUGCUUUUUUUAUUACAUAUACCAUGUAUCUAUUUUCUACCUUCAACUGUUACAGACAUCUUGAAAAAAGUCGUAGGAUGAAAAAAUGCAAAAUUUCAUAUAGCUUAAUCAAUAUAUACAGAGAGAAUACUCAUCAAGCAGUAUAAAAGCAUAUCCCCUGAUAGUUCCCCAAUUGCAAACAAACUCAUUACGAUAAAUAAAUCAAUGUAGACAUCCCAAUACUUUGUAUGAAGUCUGCCAGGCGAUAUAAUUAUCGAUACGGAAGAGAUGGAAGAGUAUCCUCUAAAACUUCGAACAUGUGACGCCAGUAACAAUCUUAAAGAUGGCUACUAAGGUAACAAGAGACCGUGAUAGCAAAAUAUUUGUUAUAAAGACAUACUCUGACGCUUAAGCUAGCGAUAGUGAGUCGACACUUGCUGGCAUUAUCGAUCGAGGAGCUUUGGUAUUACGCUACCGAAGAUUACUAAGUCAAAACCAUUAAUCACUUAGUUUCCACUAUUGAGGAACGUAGGUUAUUAUAGAAUAUGAAGAGGACACGAGCCUUCGAAGAGCAGUUGAGGAUGAAUCAGCAACUGAAGUAAGUAGCUAACGCAUCCGCCUGCUAUUUAACUAGAGAACAGGAACUCGCAAAAAAUCAUUCGCGAUGACGUCUUGGAAGCAUAAUUCGAAGGGCUUGACGAUUCCGAUAAGACUGAAUCAUUAUUAUCAGGAAUGAUAUGUUGAAAAAAUUGAUUUUCGUUAACAUUUGAAGCACAAGUUGAUCUUUUUAGCCUCUAAAGCCAACUUGCACGGCACAUUAAGUUGACGAUAAUGUUUUGACAAGUACAUGGACAGUUGUAAGCGUUUUCUACUCAAUUUAGGCAUCCAUAAUUGUAGGUUUCUAAUGUCGUGUUAGAAAGUAGCGCAGAGUUUAAUAUAAUGAUGACAUUAUAGUGGUUAAAGUAAAAAAACCCUGGAUGGAACGUGGAUUGCGGAAAAUGUAAUAUAAUUGGACUAACUUGAAACGUUGUUACUUCGUGAAUGCUUCUCAUACAUUCCUGCUAGUCAAACAUCUAUGCAAAUACGUAUAGCGCCAAAGAAAUGUUCGAUGCUUGGCGAAUGAGCAUAUCGGUAUUUGAAGACGAGAUAUUCGGCUGGCUGCGCUACUGCGUUAGUCUGACGCUAAGAAAUAUGACGUUGUAACCACCCUAUAAUCACAAUCUAAAGACCAAUCAACCCGCUAUAGAGGCGAGAUUUACGCGUGUUUUCUACCCUUAGGUCACUUUUACCGAGAUAGUUCGGCGAAUGUGACUGUGAUGUAAUUGUUCAAACUUCCAUUAUCGUCAAUGAGCGUUUAUUUCGACAAAAUUAGAGACUUGAGAAAUUACAUAGGAUUAUUCGCCCGAAUUAAAUACCUAUAGGAGAGAUACCGUUGCACUAGCAAUGGUCAUACAGUGCGGUAACACACCGCUAGAACUCCAAAGUGUGCGAUUUUAAUGGUCUUU